CCCGGAGGCCGGACCUUUUCCUCCUCCGCCAUGGAGGUGGCCUUCCGAGGCGUGCGGAAAGUCCUCUGUGUGGCCGAGAAAAACGACGCGGCCAAGGGAAUCGCCGAUCUGCUGUCCAACGGUCGCAUGAGGCGGGCUCCAAAAUGCCGCUGUAAUUUGGAAACAGCCCAAAACACCUGAGCACCUCACCCAAGAGUGGAAAUCACAGUUGUGCACUAUCCUCAAAUGGAAAUUACAGGAAGGAAAGUUUGAAACAUCAGGAAAAACUUUUUAAAUCUUCAUGACUAUCCAUUGAUAGAGGAGGCUGCCAAGGAGAGCCCUGGACCUGAGGUUGCACACGUUAUUAAACGAAUCACUUACCUGGAGAGGAUCAGAACGGUGGUUUUCAGAUUGUGUUCCCAAGAGACCCAAGCGACAAUGGAUAUGCAUCUUGGGAGCCACUUGGGGCUGGACUGGGGAAAGAUUGAGUUAGCAGGACACAGCCUUAUUUCAGCAGGGUACCUCAGCCUUGUUACGUGUCAGGGUCCAUAUAAGAUUUUGUUUGGGAAUGCCUCAAUGCUUUCUUAAGAAGUAGGGAAAAAAAAGAGAAACCAUUGAUUAGACAAUUUCUGUUCUCUAUUACAGUAGUCUCCUCUUUUUGGAGGUUUUACUUUUCGUGGUCUCAGUUACCUGUGGUCAGCCGCAGUCUGAAAAUAUUAAAUGGAAAAUUCCAGAAAUAAACAAUUCAUACGGUUUAAAUUGCAUGCCUUUCUGAGUAGUAUGAUGAAAUUUCGCAAUGUCCCCCUCUAUCCCACCUGGGACGUGAAUCAUCCCUUUAUCCAGCAUAUCCACGCUGUGUAGGCUACCCACCCUUAGUAACCAUCUCACUUAUCAGAUAGACUGUUGUGGUAUCACAGUGCUUGUGUUCAAGUAACCCUUAUUUGCUUAAUAAUGACCCCCAAAGUGCAGUAGUAGUGAUGCUGGCAGUUUAGGUAUGCCAGAGAAGCCAUAAAGUACUUCUUUUAAAUGAAAAGAGGGAAGGACUUUCUAAAUUCAAUAAGAUCUAUGAAUUUGAUUAUCAUCUAUAUGGCCAGAAUGUUACCAUGAUAAUGACUUCAGUUACUGGACAUUUGCUGGCUCAUGAUUUCCAGAUGCAGUUUCGUAAAUGGCAAAGCUGCAAUCCCCUUGUCCUCUUUGAAGCAGAAAUUGAAAAGUACUGCCCAGAGAACUUUGUUGACAUCAAGAAAACUCUGGAACGAGAGACUCAGCAGUGCCAGGCCCUGGUAAUCUGGACCGACUGUGACAGAGAAGGUGAAAAUAUCGGGUUUGAGAUUAUCCAUGUAUGCAAGGCUGUAAAGCCCACUCUUCAGGUGUUGAGAGCACGUUUUUCUGAGAUCACCCCCCGAGCUGUGAGGAUGGCCUGUGAAAAUCUGACCGAGCCUGAUCAGAGAGUGAGUGAUGCUGUGGACGUGAGGCAGGAGCUGGACCUCAGGAUUGGAGCUGCAUUCACUAGGUUCCAGACCCUGAGGCUUCAGAAGAUUUUUCCUGAGGUGUUGGCAGAGCAGCUGAUCAGUUAUGGCAGCUGUCAGUUCCCAACACUGGGGUUUGUGGUGGAGAGGUUUAAAGCCAUUCAGUCUUUUGUGCCAGAAAUCUUUCACAAAAUUAAAGUAACUCACGACCACAGAGAUGGCAUUGUAGAAUUUAAUUGGAAAAGACAUCGUCUCUUUAACCACACAGCUUGUCUUGUCCUUUAUCAGCUGUGCAUGGAGGAUCCAACGGCGACUGUGGUUGAGGUCAGUUCUAAGGCAAAGAGCAAGUGGAGGCCUCAAGCUUUGGACACUGUGGAGCUUGAGAAGCUGGCUUCUCGAAAGUUGAAAAUAAAUGCUAAGGAAACCAUGAGGAUUGCCGAAAAGCUCUACACUCAGGGGUACAUCAGCUAUCCAAGAACUGAAACAAAUAUUUUCCCCAGAGACUUAAACUUGACAGCACUAGUGGAGCAGCAGAUCCCAGAUCCACGCUGGGGGGCCUUUGCCCAGAGCAUUCUAGAGCGCGGUGUCCCCACCCCCCGCAACGGGAACAAGUCUGACCAAGCUCACCCUCCCAUCCACCCCACCAAAUACACAAGCAGCUUACAGGGAGAGGAACAGCGACUAUAUGAGUUUAUUGUUCGCCAUUUCCUAGCUUGCUGCUCUCAGGAUGCUCAGGGGCAGGAGACCACUGUGGAGAUUGACAUUGCUCAGGAACGCUUUGUAGCCCAUGGCCUCGUGAUUCUGGCCCGAAACUAUCUGGAUGUGUACCCAUAUGAUCGCUGGAGUGACAAGACCCUCCCUGUCUAUGAGAGAGGCUCCCGCUUUCAACCCAGCACUGUGGAGAUGGUGGACGGGGAGACCAGUCCACCUCAGCUGCUCACCGAAGCCGACCUCAUUGCUCUCAUGGAAAAGCAUGGCAUUGGUACUGAUGCUACGCAUGCAGAACACAUCGAGACGAUCAAAGCCCGGACGUACGUUGGGCUCACCCCCGACAAGCGGUUUCUCCCUGGGCAUCUGGGCAUGGGACUUGUGGAAGGUUAUGACUCCAUGGGUUAUGAGAUGUCCAAGCCUGACCUCCGGGCUGAGCUGGAAGCUGAUCUGAAGCUGAUCUGUGAGGGGAAGAAGGAUAAAUUUGUGGUUCUAAGACAACAGGUCCAGAAGUACAAGCAGGUUUUCACUGAAGCAGUGGCUAAAGCUAAGAAGUUGGAUGAAGCCUUGUCCCAGUACUUUGGGGAAGGGGCAGAGGUGGCUCAGCAAGAAGCCAUCUACCCAGCUGUGCCAGAGCCUAUCAGGAAGUGCCCACAGUGCAAUAAGGACAUGGUCCUCAAGACCAAGAAGAGCGGUGGGUUCUACCUCAGCUGCGUGGGUUUCCCAGAAUGUCGAUCAGCUGUGUGGUUCCCCGACUCUGUGCUGGAGGCCAGCAGGGAUGAAAGUGUGUGUCCAGUGUGUCAGCCACACCCUGUUUACAGGUUGAAGUUAAAAUUUAAACGUGGUAGCCUUCCCCCAACCAUGCCUCUUGAAUUUGUUGGCUGCAUCGGUGGAUGUGAUGAGACCCUGAGGGAAAUCUUGGACCUAAGGUUUUCACGGGGCACCUCCAGAACUUGCCAGCCAGCCAGCCAGCCCUCUAGCCAUCUCCAGGCUAACCAGUCCCUGAACAGAGUCAACAGCAGCCAGCACAGCCACCCUCUGCCUCCUGACACCAGGCAUACUAGGCCUUCAAAGGCUCUGGUCCAGAAUCUACCAUUGCCUACUGCUGCUGGUGAAAGCAACUCUGUGACCUGCAACUGUGGCCAGGAGGCCAUCCUGCUCACUGUCCGGAAGGAGGGGCCCAAUCAGGGCCGGCAGUUCUAUAAAUGCCAUGGUGGCAGCUGCAACUUCUUCCUGUGGGCAGACAGCAGCCAUCCAGAAGCAGGAAGGACUCCUUCCUCCACAUCAAGACCCCUAGACGCCUCACUGGGGCACUCAUCAGGUUUAGGGAAACACCCAGGUGGGUUUGGCAACUCUGGUAAUGACAGUGGUGGUGGCACAGCCUGUCUGUGCAGCCAGCCCGCUGUCAAACUGACUGUGCAGAAGGAUGGACCCAACAAGGGGCGCCAGUUCCACACAUGCUCCAAGCCAAGAGAGCAGCAGUGCGGCUUCUUCCAGUGGGUGGACGAGAAUGUGGCCCCAGGAACUUUUGGAGCCCUACCCUGGCCAGGAGGCAGAGGAAAAACCCAGGGACCAGAGUCCAGAAGCAAAAGGCCCCGGGCCAGUUCCGUAGACACAGGGUCCACGGCCAAAAAACCCCGGAAAUGCAGCCUUUGCCACCAGCCUGGACACACCCGUCCUUUCUGUCCUCAGAAUAGAUGAGGGCAGGGUAGGGUAGAAAGGGCCACUUCUUUGGACCUGCCCCUUUUGUUUCAGGAAUGAAUUGUUUUCACUAGGACCAGGUGGCCCUUUACUGCCCUAGAGGCAUUGAGGAAAGUGGGAGCUACUGGAGUCUGGCUUGCUUGUGUUAAGGAGUGAAGAUCCAGACUGCACUCUCAAGAAGUCCACCUCUGUUGGACAGUGGCCCUCUGCCCAGGGCUCAGGAAUGACCAUGGCCACCACUGAGAAGUCACAGAAACUUCCCUGUGAUCCCGGCACGGAUUGUUGCAGUUAGCACUGUAGAGAAGCUGGUAGUUAGCGUAUUUGGCAUUGAGGUCCGUGUAUUCCGCAGCUGUGGCCACCAGAAAGCCCCUUUGAGGGACUGGCACUCCCAUUGCAGGCUCUGGGCAGCCUGGAAAGGGUUUCUCUCUACACAUUCUGAGAAUGGAGGAUGUAAUUCAAGGAAGUUGUUCUUGUCCUAAAAUUGUAUCUAUAGAAGCAGCUUUUCCUCUUUUAUCUAGAAGCUGCUAUGGCUAGGACACUUCCAGCUCAUGUGCCUUAUAAUAAAGAAUUCUACCCCUUUACUCUGGUGGGUAUGGUGCAGUAUCUGGUGAACAGUGGCAAGAACAGCAGGUACAGACACCAGCCAGUGCCCGAGGGAUGUCUCGCUAGCCUCUAGCCCUCGUGGCCUCCCCUCCCAGCCCUUGCCCUUCUUCCUUGUUCACAUGGUAAAUAGUAAGCCCAACUUCCUGCAGAGCAGAGAAAGCUGAUGCAAGAUUCAAAAUACUCUUCAUCUUCCACACCUCCAGAGGUUGCCACCUUCCUUAUUUGCCUUUACAAAAGGCUUGUGAAUGAUACAUAACCAUAUUGGCUUUAUUUUAUGGUGUAGAAGGUAAGCAGAAAUGGGUUGUGAGUUGCCCAGAGUCACAUUGCUAGCUGGUAAAGAAGUGAUCUAUCCUCAGGUCUCGGGACUCCAGGCCUUAUGCCUUUCAGUUAGACCAAUAGUUCUGUGCCCUCGUUGGACAGCAGGGUGGAGAAUUUUUAUAAGUGCAGAUAGAUACCUAGACUUGCUCCUGGAGCACCUGAUCAGUGAGUAUGGGUCAUGGCCCUGCAUAUGUGGGUUUUCUCCUCCCCUAGCCCUGGCAACCACCAGUCUACUUUCUGUCUCUGGUUUUACCUAUUCCAAACAUUUCAUAUAAAUGGAAUUAUACAGAAUAUGACUUGUGUCUGGCUUCCUUCACUAAGGAUGGUGUUUGCAAGGUUCAUCCAUGUAGCAUGUGUCAGUUCUUUAUUCUUUAUGACAGAAUGAUAUUCCAUUGUGUGGAUGGACCACAUUAUGGUCAUCAGCUGAUGGAUGUUUGGGUUAUUACCUUUUGGCUAUUGUGAAUAGUGCUGCUAUAAACAUUCAUGUACAAGAAUUUGAAAAAAA